AUGGCCAAACCCAGGACUGCCAAAUUCACCUUUUCUCUGAAACUGGGAAGUUUUGAGGACAGCACUCUCCAGUUAAGGUGGAAACAGAGCGUCCUUCUGAGGGAAGCACUCAGUCCGGCUGGAGCUGAGGUGGUGAAUUAUGCUCCUUUCACGCUGCUCCCGUCUGCAGUGCCAAGUGCCCUGUUUGAACAAGCGUACGCUGUUCAGCAAGAUUUCAAUCUGCUGGUGGAUGCUAUCAGCCAAAACAAAGAAUUCCUGGAGCAUUCUCUGGCCAGCACCAUCAAGGUAGAUGACUUCACAGCUCAGCUCUUCAGAAUCCACAUGCAAGUUCUGGAGGAAGGCUUGGCUCAGUCUGUGUUUUUAGGCAUAAACCGCUCUGAUUACAUGUUUGACUGUGGGGUGGACGGGACACCGGCUCUGAAGCAGAUAGAAAUAAACACCAUUGCUGCCAGCUUUGGAGGCCUCACCUCGCGCACUGCGGCUGUCCACGGGCGGGUGUUGAAAGUGCUGGGGAAGUCUGAGGAGGCUUCGCGCCUGCUGCCCAACAACCCAUCAAAGGGGCUUGCCUUGGGGAUCGCGAAAGCCUGGGAGCUCUACGGUUCACAAAGUGCUGUGGUGAUGUUCCUGGUGGAGGAAGUCCAGAGGAACAUUUUUGAUCAGCGAUGUGUAGAGAACGAGCUGUGGAACAGGAACAUUCGGGUCAUCAGGAAGCGAUUCAGAGAUGUGUUUGAAAAGGGGUCUCUGGACGAUGCCAAGAGGCUGUAUAUGGACGGGCAGGAGGUAGCAGUGGUGUACUACAGAGAGGGCUACGUGCCAAAGAACUACGACCAGCAGAACUGGGAGGCGCGGUUGUUGCUGGAGAGAUCAAGGGCAGUGAAGUGCCCUGACAUCGCCACCCAACUGGCAGGCACCAAGAAGGUCCAGCAGGAGCUGAGCCGGCCCGGGAUGCUGGAGAGAUUGCUGCCCGGCCGCGCCGAGGCUGUCGCUCGAAUAAGAGCAACGUUUGCCGGACUCUAUUCCCUGGACAUGGGCGAAGAGGGCGACAAGAUAGCGGCUACGGCCAUCGCUGACCCCGACCGGUUUGUGCUGAAGCCGCAGCGAGAAGGUGGAGGGAACAACCUCUACGGUGAAGAGCUCAGACAGGUUCUGGAGAAGAUCAGAGACAGCCCUGAGAGAACCUCCUACAUCUUGAUGGAUAAGAUCAAACCACAGCCAGCAAUUAAUUACUUGCUGAGGGCUCACAGUCCCCUACAAGUGUCUGAGUGCAUCUCAGAGCUCGGUAUUUUUGGUGUCUACGUCAGGCAGGGCCAGGAGAUGGUGAUGAACACGGCUGCCGGCCACCUCCUGCGGACGAAGGCCAUCGAGCACGCGGACGGCGGGGUCGCGGCUGGCGUGGCCGUGCUCGACACCCCUUACCUGGUGUGA